AUGAGUGGUCUCGAUCUAGAAAAGAAGUUGAGCGUUAACCAGGCCUCAACCGGCGAGAAUGCGUCUGGAUCUGAAGAUGCAGAUGCGCUUAAGCUGGCUGAGAUGGGUUACACGCAGGACCUGCAGCGCAAUUUCUCCCUGCUGUCCCUGGUCGGCAUUGCGUUUUGUAUGUCAAACUCUUGGUUCGGUAUCUCAGCAUCCUUGAUCACCGGUAUCAGCUCUGGAGGUACCGUCCUCAUUGUUUACGGCUUGCUCUGGAUCACCUUUAUCUCGACUUGUGUCGCUGCCUCCCUCUCGGAACUGGCUAGCUCCAUGCCCAAUGCCGGUGGGCAAUACUUCUGGGCGAACGAGCUUGCUCCGAAGAAAUAUGCCCGGUUCUUCUCCUAUCUUACCGGCUGGUUCGGAUACGCUGGUGCCAUUUUCGCGAGUGCCAGUGUUGCUCUCAGUCUUGGAUCUGGUGUUGUGGGAAUGUGGCAACUUGGCCAUCCGUCAUUUGUUCCCAAAGCCUGGCAUACUGUAGUAGCAUACCAGCUCAUCAACUUCUUCUGCUACCUCUUCAACUGUUGGGGCAAAACCCUGCCUGCUGUGGCAAAAGCAACGCUGUACAUCUCGUUGCUUUCUUUCCUGGUCAUCCUUAUUGUUGUCCCGGCUUGCGCCAACCCGCAUGCCAGUGGAUCCUAUGUUUUCGGGCAUUUCGUCAACUCCACUGGCUGGAAAUCAGAUGGAAUCGCUUUCAUUGUCGGUUUGAUCAACCCGAACUGGAUCUUUGCCUGCUUGGAUUCGGCCACUCAUCUUGCCGAAGAGGUGCCGCAGCCCGAGAAGAACAUUCCUGUUGCGAUCAUGGCCACCGUCGGCAUUGGUUUCGUUACCUCAUGGACCUACUGUAUUGCGAUGUUUUUCAGUCUCCAAGACCUUGAUGCACUUUUGAACACCGCCACAGGAGUGCCCAUCCUGGAACUUUACUACCAGGCUCUGAAGAACAGGGCAGGUGCAAUUGUUCUGGAAACCCUCCUAGUAGUGACGGGUAUGGGUUGCUUGAUUGCCUGCCACACUUGGCAGUCACGUCUUGCCUGGGCCUUCGCUCGUGAUCGCGGUAUGCCUGGACAUCAACUGCUCUCCAAGGUCAACAUGACCUUGGAUGUCCCCUUACAUGCCCACAACGCCAGCGCAUUCAUUGUUGCUGUUCUCGGCCUGCUCUACUUGGGAUCCUCUACCGCUUUCAACAGCAUGGUCACAGCGUGCAUCUCGCUUCUGUACAUCUCGUACUCUAUCCCCGUUAUCUGCCUUUUGUAUGUUGGUCGCGACAACAUCAAGCACGGUCCAUUCUGGCUGGGCAAGUGGGGUCUUGCUGCGAACAUUGUCACCCUGGCAUGGACUCUUUUCUGUCUCGUUAUGUACUCGUUCCCUGCGACUAUGCCAGUCACAACAGGAAAUAUGAACUAUGUUUCGGCCGUUUAUGGCGUCGUUGUCUUCAUUGUUCUGUGUGACUGGUUUGCACGAGGAAGACGUUCAUUCCGAGGCAGCCAGAGUUGCGUGGAAGGAGAAAGUGCCGAGUAAAGCGACGCUGGAUCAUCAAAUACUCUUCACCUCCCCUUAUUCUCAUGUCGUGAGUGCCUCGCAAAACAAAGGCACAUUCAUGGGCUACGAAACCACACGAAGACACCUAGCGAGUCUGGGAUCUUCAUCAUGACUGAAAAAGAAAAGCAUCUGUAUAUAGACGAUACCCCGGUGAUAUGGAGUCGGUAUAGAUCAAUUCAAAAAAGUUUAAAAUAUAGCUGAGGCUUUCCAGGUGGUAGUUUCAAUGAUGAGACGAAGCCUAAUGGAGUGUAUUCCCACGGAUAAAGAAGACAGAACCCUGUAAAU